AUGCAUCCGAAGACAUCCAGUCCGACAACUACUACUGCGACUGUCAAUUCGAAAGAGUUCUUGGAGAGCAAGUGGAGACACGCAUUCACCACGUUCUUCGGUGAGUUCCCAGUUGGAUGGUGAUGAAAAUGAACUGAAAACUUGUAGAUUUGGAUCGGAAUGGAAUCAUCGAGUGGAAAGACUUUAAAGAUUUGAUUGAGGUUUGUGAACAUGCGAUAUUGUUUAUCCAGCUUUUUGCAAACAAUUUCGAUCAUCAGAAAUCUCAGAAAGAUCAUAGACAUCUCAAUAAACGAAGAACUACAAUAUAGGCAACUUUCAGGUGAUCGGAGAAGUGCGCGGCCGUCGUUCGGACGUCUUCAUGACCGCCCGUCUCUGUCUUCCGGACAUCUGGCAGAAGAUGACUGAAGCGAUCGGCAAAGAAGACGAUGAUAUCGUAAGUUCCGAAAGGCUCGCAAAUGUCACGUAGUCCCCAGUCUAUCUUCUUAUCAUUUCUUUCUCAUAGAUCACCCUCUCCGACUGGAUCCAGCUGUGCGAAGCAUCGCGGAAAUCGUCCCGUGAGCCGGCUUGGCAGAAGCGUACGUGGAGUACAUGUUCAAGUUGUUGGAUGAAUCCGGUAGGAGUGCGGGAAGAUAUUCUCGAGAGACAGAAGUGUCACUUUCAGGAGAUCAUCUUGUGGACCAGGCCGAGUAUGUGCAAGUGCUCGGAUACUUCGGAGUCAACCGCAAGGACUCAAGCUACUCGUUCGAUCAGUUUGCAUUUGUGAGUUCAUUCCUCGUUUUAUGCCCUCUUUUCCUGCGAAAACGACGCGCCGUUUCGGUUGACACCCGGUGCCAGUUUCAUUGGGUAUUUCGGUUCGGAAAAGCCGUGCCUCAUCUUCUGCAAAUCUUUUAAUAUCUGAGAAAAGCUGCGAAACGGAGUGGACUCAGCUGUACACUUCCAACCAGAGAAUGCUCAAAUCCAGUGAAUAAAACUAUGUAUAAUCUGUGGGAUCAACCUGUGACGCAGUGUCAAAAUGGUCCGCAGUUUCAACGGAAACGAACUCUAGUUUCGACAACUAUGCUAGCUAGUGACGUGGCAAUUUCAGAAUCAUCAAGGCCAACUCAUCCACGCCAUCGACAAGAAGAAGUUCCACGUGCUCUGGAAGCAAUUCUUCAACUCGGAAGACCCGACGGCUCCCGGAAGUUGGCUCCUAG